AUGCGUGGACCCGUCCCAUUCGUUGCCGUGCUCUCAGCACUUGCCACGCUUGGUUCUGCACUCCCACAAUUGGACAUGGUGCCUCGAGCCGCAGCUACUACUCCCGUUAAGCCCAAGUAUUCCGUUGUACCUCUUGAGCCUGGCGAUGAUGAUCCACAAAGCGGCAACGAUGGCAAUGGUGAAAGUAGUUCCAAGGGCGGUGAUGUGACCAAGACGGUCGUCAAGACUCAAGAUCCUGUCACUCACACAGUCACCAAAACUGGCCAACCUGUUACUGUCACGCAUCCGACUCCCACCACCAUCUCAAUAAUUCCCAUUGGAGGCAAACCGGAUGUUACGAUCACUGUAACUGCCGAAGUGACACCCACUGUUGCAUCAACGACGACCUCAACCGCCACCUCUACGACGACGAGCUCAGUUGCUGCUCCUACAACCACGACAUCAGUUUCUGCUCCAGCAACCACAACAACACUCACUACCACUUCCACUCAGGCCAACUUUACAGCAGCAACGCCCAUACCGUCCGUUAGUUCCACAACAUCUAGCGUCGUCAUCCCAACAUCUCCCACGGAUACAAUCCACUCGAUGCUCUCUGCGACGCCGCCUGCUCCAAUGUCAACAAAAACUUGGUCUGUUCCAAGCUCCAAUCACACAACAAGCACAUCAUAUCCAUACUCAGAAACCACCAACACAGCCGUGCGCACAACGACCCUUCUUGGAACCGGUGGUAGACCAAAAACGUCAACAACGGUUCCUGUGCCCAUAGCGACUAAUACCACCUGGGUCCCCACGACUUUGAGAACUGUCUUCCUCACGCCCUCAUCCUCAUUAGCCUCAACAAAUACUUAUGACAAUGGCAAGUGGCACACCACAUACCCAGCAUGGAAUGGCACCGCUACUCAUCGAUUCCGGCGUCUUUAA